UAAAUUUUACUUUCCCUAGGUUUAGAGACCUUUAGCCAGUUAAUAUAUCAAGAUGCAUAUGGGACUGAUGCCAUGGCUUUUAAUAAGUUUAAUGUUCUCCACUGGCACAUAGUCGAUGACCAGUCUUUCCCUUAUCAAAGCACCACUUUUCCAGAGUUAAGCAACAAAGGAAGCUAUUCUCUCUCUCAUGUUUAUACACCAAAUGAAGUCCGUGAGGUGAUUGAAUAUGCCCGAUUACGGGGGAUUCGAGUCAUACCAGAAUUUGAUAGCCCCGGACAUACACAGUCUUGGGGAAAAGGUCAGGAAGGUCUCCUGACUCCAUGUUAUAGGUCUUAUCAGCCUGAAGCUUCUGGACCUAUAAACCCUACUGUGAAUACAACUUACAGUUUCCUGUAUAAGCUCUUCAAAGAAAUCAGUUGGGUGUUUCCAGAUCAGUUCAUUCAUUUGGGAGGAGAUGAAGUGGAAUAUGAUUGUUGGGAGUCCAAUCCAAAUAUCCAGACUUUCAUGAAGCAGAAAGGCUUUGGCGCUGAUUUUAGUAAAUUAGAAUCCUUCUAUAUUCAAAAGCUUUUGAAUAUUAUUUCAACUCUAAAGAAGGGAUCCAUAGUCUGGCAAGAGGUUUUUGAUAAUAACGCAAAGCUUCAGCCAGGCACUGUAGUUCAAGUAUGGAAAGAGCAAAAUUAUGCUAAGGAACUGAGUUCAAUCACAGCAGCUGGCUUCCCUGUGAUCAUCUCUGCUCCGUGGUACUUGGACAGGAUCAGUUAUGGACAAGACUGGAGACUAUACUAUGCAGUGGAACCUCUCAAUUUUAGUGGUACUCAGGAACAGAAACAACUUGUCAUUGGUGGAGAAGCUUGUCUGUGGGGAGAAUACGUGGAUGCAACUAACCUCUCUCCGAGACUAUGGCCUCGGGCAAGUGCUAUCGGCGAGAGACUCUGGAGUCGGCAAGACGUCAGAAGUUUAGAUGAUGCCUACAGAAGACUAACAGUUCACCGCUGCAGAAUGGUCCGACGUGGAAUAGCUGCAGAACCUCUUUUUACUGGAUAUUGUGACAAUGUGUUGAUUUGAAACUAGGAGGAGAAAAGGCCCAGAGCUAUCUACUACAAUCAACUUGGUUUGAAAUCAUGUAAAAUUAAGAUUUGGUACACUGUGUAUAAAUAAAAUAUCUUUGUAUUGAUUGAUCUGCUAUCUUACACAUUACAUAUACAAGACUGGCAUAUUUUUGUGAGAGAAGCUUAAAAAAAUAAAAAUAUAACUUGGUGAUAUUACUCAA